AUGCAUCCAUUGUGGGUGUAACAGGUGAUCACAGUCAAGCCGUAACUGCGAUCCGUUCUGCGUUGCUAUAGUGAGUGAAAGAAGCCUUAUUUUUGUAUUACCGCAUUGCUGCCGUUAACUGUGACACCUCCACAGCCAGGAUAUUUGUUUACAGAUUUAUCUCCACGCAGAACUUCGGAGGUAAAAUGGAGAAGGACUCCGCCGGCUCCUCAGAAAAGACCAAGCCGGGUUCGGUUUUUAUGGAUACUAUUAAUGAAGACAACUGUACAGCUGAUUCCCUCUCCUCCAGAGCAGAUAACUGUGCUACGACUGAUGUCGCCCGAGCCAGGUGGACUCUGCUGAGACAGGUGUUACGUCAGAAGCAGGUGGACUGUCCAGAGGUCAAACAGGUGUCUGUUCGCAGAUUUUCCACGUUUGACCUUUUCAGCAGGAAAAGGCUCGUGGCACAAGACCAUAGUGAUACCUCAGAUGACCAGUGGGUGGAGUACAGAAGUGUCUUCUCUCCUGAGUACAGUGCCUUACUCAGGGAUAACAUGGGUCCUCUUAGAGUUAACGAAGUGCUCAACAGUUUUGACAACACUGGCAAUGUCUGUGUGUGGCCGUCAGAAGAGGUGAUGGCGCAUUACUGUCUGCGGAAACGCCACAUGUUCAAGGGUGCAGUGUGCGAGUUAGGAGGAGGUAUGACUUGUCUUAGUGGGCUCAUGGUUGCCAUUUGUGCUGACGUGAAGGAAGUUCUGCUAUCAGAUGGGAAUGAGAAGUCCAUUCAGAAUGUUCGACAGCUGAUCGAGAGAAACAGACAAGCUGGAAAGUUCGGAUCAACACGCGUAUCUUCCAGGGUGGUGAGGUGGGACUGUCAGCUGGAUAUUUCAGCACUGGAGAGUCACUUUGAUAUCGUCAUGUGUGCAGACUGUUUGUUUCUCGACCAGUACAGAGCCAGCCUGGUGGACGCUAUAAGGAGACUGCUGAAGCCCAACGGCAUGGCGUUGGUGUUCGCUCCUCUGCGAGGUGAAACCCUGAGGCUGUUUUGUCAGCUGGCCCAGCAGGCCGGACUCUUGGUCUCUCAACACCAGCAGUAUGAUGCUCAGGUCUGGGAUGUUCACUUAAAGAUGCUAAGCGAGGGAAAAGAAGCAUACGAUGAGAACAUCCACUAUCCUCUCCUCCUCACCUUGACCAAAGGACCUCAACCUGUCAGCCACACUCAGUAAACCAAAACCCGUGAGCCCUCAGCUGAACACAGUUCCACUCCACACUUUAUUGCACAUUUAUAUUCUGACCUGGUAUGUUUUAACCAUCUACCAUAUGCCAAAAAACCCCUACUGUUAGUGUAGAAAAUUGUCUCUCGGCCAGUUAACCCUUUAACCAGUUGGCCAGUUAUUGUUGUAGUUAUUAUUAUUAUUGUAGUAGUUUUGUAGACCAAAACACGUGAGCUCUAGUCGGCCAGCCGCUCAUCCGUUUGGUUGAUUAUCCAUUCAGGAAAGUGAGCUGACCGGCCAGGUAAUCAGCCAGUACUCUGUCACACAUUCAGUGACCUAAUUAACCAGUUAAUCAGUCAUCAUUCCAGCCAACAAGCCAGUUAGCUGUUUAGGUAGUUAACUAGCUGCUCAGUCAGUCUGUUAAUGGACAUUUCGUCAGUCUGGCCUACUACAGGUGUCACUUAUUCAGUCAGUUGACCCCCUUUAACCAGUCAGUAUUAACCUCUGCCACUGUGUUUCUGGCCUCAGCAUGGAGGCCAGCUUUAAUUCAUUAACUGUCGCAGACUGUGGAGCAGCUCGCAGUUUCCUCUGUUUCCCACUUUAAUUUCUUUUAAUACAACUCAUUCAUCCCAGUCAGAGGUCACUAUUAAGAGCUUCUUUUGUGCAUUACUUACAACAGUGCAUUAGCAUAUCACGGCACAUUCAGACUGAGGAGCAAUUGUUGCUGCCCAGGAGCUACAGAUUGUAUAGUACGCAGUGAUAUUACCGUGGGUUCAAGUAGUCCCCACUACGUCACAUUGUAAUUUCAUUUUGUACAAAUCUGUUGUUGUCAUAGUCUGUGUUUGAACUGCACAACAGAUACUUGAUCUGAUUCUUCAGCUCCAUCAGCUCAAACUCCGGCUUCACUCGUGGUUUGUUGAAAAGUUUAAAAUGCAGCUGACGAUAACUUAAACGUCAACCGUCUCACUGUCAACAGCCAGAUCCUGUGGCAGCUACUAAACGCUGCUAAAAGCUCCUAAAAGUCUGAACCUUCAGGAAGUUUAUGUGUCUAAACAGAGAGACGAUACAUGCACAAGUUGUAGAGACUCAUACAUUUACUGACAAGUGACCCCAAUACUGUGGAAUCGAUAAAAAACUGAAUAUAUAUUGUAAUGUCUUUUUUGUUUUUUUAAGUAGGUGUUGUAAUUUUCUUUUACCCCCAACCUGGAUUGGGUGCAGACAUUUUUUUUUUGCAACUCUAGCUGGUGUGCUUUGCUCAAAGUUCAUCUCUGCUGGGUCUGUUUUCACUGAAGCUGCUUGCAUCGUUGAAUGCGAUGUUCAUUUCUGCCUCUACCAGUAUAUUACCAUUUGACUUGAAAUUUUCAUGUUAAAAAGUGCAUUCAUUUGUUGAAUAACUUAGCCUUCACAUACACACAGCAAAACCAUAUUUUCCUCUCCGAGUCUGAAGCAGGAGAUCGAUUGUUACAGCUUACUAUUCACAAAACACAGAGACAAAGAGCGGCAAGUCAGUGUUCAUUAAAAAAAAGUCUCGAAACAGUAUCUUAAAACCGCCUGCUUAAACAACAAGCCACAUUCGGUGACCAUUCCGAGUUACAAUAUGAUUUAAAAUUGAUAAACUUCCUGCAUCCGUAGUUCUUGAAAGUCCCUCAAUCUCCUAAUAACCCCCCGAAAAAUGCUAAAGCAUUUCAGACGAACUGCUUCUGCAUUUUCUUCUUGCAGUUUUUCUAUCAAAACUACAUUAUUUUCUAUCAACUAGCCGUUCUACUCAGGUCUUUUCUCAUGCAUUCAUCUGUUCCUGUUUUGUUUUUGUUUUUUUUGUGGUGUUAUAAAAUCAGCAAGUGUCAGUGAGCCACUCAAGCCUAUAGUUGUACCUUCCACUCGUAAAGGUGUUUCCAUGUUUCACUGUGAUUCAUUGCUGUACACAACAGCCAAGAAGCUAUGCAGAAUCUCUCAGUGGCUGCUGUUUACAUUCCUCAUGCUAAAACAGAAUCCAGAAAUAACAGUUUAGCUGCUCAGAAAACGUGAAACAAACCAGUGUGAGGUGUUUCAGUGCUUUGAGGAGUUAAAUUGCAUUGUGAAAAUGUUCCCAUUGCAAAGGUUUAGUACUUACUGUAUACAUUUGAUAUACGCAGACUAAUAUAUAGAAACCCUCCCAACUGUGACUGUGUACAGUGACCUCAUCACUGUCUAGUGUGACAUCGCCAACAUUAAUGUCAUUUUAUAACACUUCAGCAUCAGGCAUCACUGUUUUUUAUGCCCCGUUGCUGCUUCUCGCAACAUCACUGCCUCCAUCGGUGGCAACAUCUUGGCCUGGUGAACCUUCAAUCUGCUGCGAUGUCACACUUUCACACGGUGAUGCCGUCACCCGUCUCAUUGUGAUACCAGUGCUUUCUGUACCACUUCUCACUGUGAUAACAGACAGUCCAGAAACCCACGAGAGUCGGCGUUACUCACGUGGUCUUUAUCUGGAUUUGCUGACUAAUAUCAUUAAUGGUGAGAAAUCUAAUGGCUGGCAUCAAACACAGACGAGGAUCUGUGCUGCAGCUUGGGGUGAACACAGGAGGGCUUUGUUAUGAUGGAUUUGUGUCACUGUGUUGUGGGAUGUCUCAGCUUGGUUAUGAUUUAGAUUAUUUAAGAAAAUUCUUAAAAGUGUUCUAGGCCACGUCCACACUAAAUCCGAUCAGUUUCAUUUAGUCGUAAUGAAUAGAAGUACAACAAAUUGCUUUAAUUUGGACAAAACUGAAGCUGCUUCUGUAGCAUUUUCCGGUGAAGGAGUACCAAGUAUUAUAACUGCAGGCCCAGGUGUUCUUUUCAAAGCGAGGUUUCAUUUUCUUAAAAAAAUAUAGGUUUUGAUGGUGUGGCACAAGAAACACAAUUAAAUAUUUCAGACUCUUCCACUUUAGUGUGGACAUGGCCUCGUAUAGUGAGUUUCUUCAUUCAGUGUUUCAAAUUCCCGCUGCUUCACUGUAAUGAAAGUGGGUUGAAUGUUGUUGAUCUUCAGUUUGUAGGUGGGUGAUAUUUUCUGUGAAUGAAUAAAAAUAAAUUAUUCAAGAAAUUUA